AAAUUGAUACAGGAGUUGAAGAAAUAAGGAAUCAAUGAGUGCGGCGCGGGCGAGAAAGCAGAGGCAGUAGCGAGUUAGCGAGAGCUUCCUCUCCGUUUUUCCUUUUCCCCGCUUCUCUGUGAAUGGCCUGAGAGAGAGAGGUAGACUAGGAAGACACCUUGUCCUCAUUCCCAGCCUCCUCUACCCGCCUCCGCCGCCGGUCGCAAUGGAGGCCCCCAAGCAGCACCGCGAUUUGUCCCCCGAUACUGCCCCUCGCCGAUCGCAUCUCCCUAGAUCUCCAACUGCAGGAGAUGACGAGAAACAAACACAUAUAAGAAUUCUUGUAUCUAACACGGAAGCUGGCUGUAUCAUUGGCAAGGGUGGAUCUACAAUAUCUGAAUUCCAGUCACAAUCUGGAGCUCGUAUUCAGCUGUCACGUAACCAUGAAGUUUUUCCAGGAACAUCCGAUAGAAUAUUAUUGGUUUCUGGGGUACUUGGAGAUGUUAUAAGGGCUAUGGAACUGAUCCAGGAAAAAUUGUUCAGUGAGUUGGAAGAUGGCAAUGAUGCUGAAGGUAGAUCAAAAGUCAGGCUUAUUGUUCCUAAUAGCUCAUGUGGUGCUAUAAUCGGAAAAGGAGGUUCAACUAUAAAGUCAUUUAUAGAAGAAUCAAGGGCUGGGAUCAAGAUAUCUCCUCAGGAUAAUAAUGCUGGGCUAAAUGAUAGGCUAGUUACUUUAACUGGACUUUUUGAAGAACAAAUGCGCGCAAUCUUUUUGAUAUUGUCAAGAUUAAUAGAAGAUGCUCACUAUCCACAGACAUUGAAUUCGCCUUACCAAUAUUCAGGUAUUAACUUUCCUGGUGUUCCUGUUGGGUAUAUGUUUCCUUCUGUAGCAUACAGUCCUGUGACUUACAGACCAAAUGGAUCUGGAGGAAGAAAUUCCAAUAACAAGGGCACAGCUUCACCUGUUAUUUCACAUCCUUCACGAUCACCUGGUGGACCUCAGGAAGGCCAGAGUAAUUCAGUGACAAUUGGAAUUGCUGAUGAGCAUAUUGGUGCUGUUGUUGGUCGUGGAGGAAGGAACAUAACAGAGAUCAGUCAGGUUAGUGGGGCCAGGAUAAAGAUAUCAGAUAGAGGUGAUUUCAUUUCUGGCACAUCGGAUAGGAAAGUAACUAUUACCGGAUCACCUGAAGCAAUCCAAACUGCUGAGUCCAUGAUCAUGCAAAAGGUUUCUUCGAACACGGACGAAUGAUCAUGACGAAGAUGAUGACGGAAUUUGAUUGAUCAAUUUUGCUGCAUGAUCCCCAGAGUCUGUCAGUUGCUUUGGUGAGAGUAUCUUUACUCUUAGCCUGGAUAUUCUUUUGUUUGCCCUGUAACUCCUAGUAAUCUUCAGCCUACCGAUAACUGCAUGAUUAUACUUUUUUAUUGAAGUAGUUUAUGAGUGCCUUUGAGAUAAA